UGGUGUAUGUAUCACUGUGUGUGCGAGUGAGUAGGUUUAUCCUGGAGUUAUGAGAUCCUCUGAAGGGCGAGGCCAUUUAAGGCCUGGUUCCCACUGGAUUCCUGGCUGACUCAUCAAACAAUGGCUUACCUACAUUACUUAAAAACCAGUUCAUCUCUCCAUUCCUCAUCAUAGUGUUAGAGCAGGAUUGUAAACAUGUUCCUUAUUUUGCUCCUCAGACUUGAUUUUGCUUCUUCUUAGACACUUGAGAGCUCUUUCAGAAUUAUUCACAUAUACCGAGGGUACAGUCGGGUGUAUAUUAACAGUUUCUGCUUUUAAUUACAUGCCUCAGAAAAAAGCCAUUUUUUUUUUUUUACAGCUCUUUGAAGACAGCUCCAUUGUGGAUUGUAUUUAAAGGUGUUGCUGGGACUCGUUUACUUCAAAUACACAUUAUCAAUCAACAGUUAUGUUUUAUUGAGAUGAGAGGAACAGCUAUGAGUUUAAUUGCUGCAACCUGUGGACUUCUUGUCCUUCUCAGUUUAACGGGUACAGCUGGGUCUGCCAGCAUUUGGGUUGUACGUGAAGGAGAGGAUUUUUCACUCUAUAAUCUCUUCACUGUGUCUGGAAACACAAAGUUCUUCUGCAAGGAAAAAUGUGAGCGAGCAGAAAACAUCCUCAUUAAAACAGAUGAAACCACAGCUCAGAGCAGCAGAUUCAGUAUUAAAUACAAAGAUGCAGCUUCAGGAAGAGGAAGCCUGACUUUUACCAUCACAAAUAUGAGAAAGUCUGACUCGGGAAUGUACCGGUUUGGUUUGGGUAAAUCUUCAGCUCCAGAUUCAUACUCAGACUUUGAGGUCAGAGUUUCAAAUGAAAUUGCAAAAAACUCUGGAGUCUCCCGUGCACAGAGUGAGGGAGAAGAAAUCCUAUUUCCAUGUGUCACUGCUGUCCAUGCACAGAGGAAGUUCCUUUGUAAGAAUCCAUGUGAGAAAGAAGGAAAUAUUUUCAUUGACACAACUAAUGACAAAGUUCAGAAUGGCAGGUACAGCAUUGAAUACACAAAAGGAUCUGCGUUUGAACUUCUAGCAACCAUCAGACAUCUGACCAAGUCUGACACGGGACAGUACAGGUGUGGUUACGGGGACCCUUUAUCUCCUGAUUCAUAUGACACUGAUGAGAUUUUGGUUGUAGAUGUGGUGACUUACACUUCUACUCAGGUCUGCGCCUUCAAAGGAUCAACAGCAGAAAUACACUCCACAUUCAGAUACCUAUCGACUAUAGAUGACAUAAAUACAAGAAUCCAGAAAAUGUUCUGGUUUACUGCAGUCAAAGAUAAUGAGCCUGUGGACCUGAAAACAGAGGCAGAGUAUUCAGGUCGAGUUCAGUAUCAGUGUGAAAACAACGACUGCACUCUGAGAAUCACAGACCUGAGAGAGAGCGACUCAGCUGAGUACAAGUUCAUGCUCAUAACAAACGAUCCAGGAGGGAAAUAUACUGGAUCACCUGGAGUCACUUUGACUGUUACAGAUCUGCAGGUGCAGGUGAGCAGAUCAGCUGUCAGAGGUGAUUCUAAGUCAGCAGAUCUGAAGUGUGAGAGCAGUUGUCCUCUGCCUGAUAAUCUCUCCUACAUCUGGUACAAGAAUGAACAGAUCAUCACAGGACAAACAUCUAAUUCUUAUACAGACUACUGCGAUCCCACAAACAGGAUUUCCUGUGCUGUCAGAGGAUAUGAGAACUCCCGCGCUCCUUCAGUGGUAGUGAAGGAUGUCUGGGAUGUGACUUACACUUCUACUCAGGUCUGUGCCUUCAAAGGAUCAACAGCAGAAAUACGCUGCACCUUCAGAUACCCAUCAACUAUAAAUGGAAGAAAUACAAGAGUUCAGAAAGAUUUCUGGUUCAUCAGAGACGAAAAUAAUGAACCUGUGGAUCUAAAAACAGAGGCAGAGUAUUCAGGUCGUGUUCAGUAUCAGUCUGAAAAUAACGACUGCACUCUGAGAAUCUCAGACCUGAGAGAGAGCGACUCAGCUGAGUACAAGUUCAGAUUCAUAACAAACGAUCCAGGAGGGAAAUAUUCUGGAUCACCUGGAGUCACUUUGACUGUCACAGAUCCACAGCUCCAGGUACAUGUGAGGAGAUCAACAGUAAACUCUUAUUCUAACUGGACAGAGCUGACAUGUCACAACAACUGUCAGCUACCUGAUCAAUCUUCCUACAUCUGGUACAGGAAUGGACACAAACUUUCAUCAGAAAAACAAUAUUUACACCUGAACACAUUUGAUUCUGUAGACAGUUUUCACUGUGCUGUGAAAGGAUAUGAGCAGUUCCCUUCUCCAACAGUGUAUGCUCCAAAGCUUCCCUCUGUGUCAGUGAGUCCCUCUGCUGAGAUAGUGGAGGGCAGUUCAGUCACUCUGACCUGUAGCAGUGAUGCUAACCCAGCAGCUAGUUACACCUGGUACAAGGAGGAUGUCAUCAAUCCUCUCAGUUACCAAAUCCAACAUGUUUUCAGCUCCAUCCUGCCCUCUGACUCUGGAAAGUAUUACUGUACAGCUGAUAAUGACCUGGGACAAAAGAGAUCUGAAAGCAGAACUAUUGAUGUGAAAUAUGCUCCAAAGCUUCCCUCUGUGUCAGUGAGUCCCUCUGCUGAGAUAGUGGAGGGCAGUUCAGUCACUCUGACCUGUAGCAGUGAUGCUAACCCAGCAGCUAGUUACACCUGGUACAAGGAGGAUGUCAUCAAUCCUCUCAGUUACCAAAUCCAACAUGUUUUCAGCUCCAUCCUGCCCUCUGACUCUGGAAAGUAUUACUGUACAGCUGAUAAUGACCUGGGACAAAAGAGAUCUGAAAGCAGAACUAUUGAUGUGAAAUAUGCUCCAAAGCCUCCCUCUGUGUCAGUGAGUCCGUCUGGUGAAAUCACAGAGGCCACUUCAAUGACUCUGACCUGUAGCAGCGAUGCUAACCCAGCAUCUGCAUAUGUCUGGUACAAGAUGAACAAUCAAACACCUGUCAGUACAGAUUCACAGCUCUCCUUCAAGUCCAUCCAGCCUGCUGACUCUGGAGAGUAUUACUGCACAGCUGAGAACAGGCUGGGAACAUCAACACCUACAAACAUUUCUGUUGAUGUGAAAUAUGCUCCAAAGCUUCCCUCUGUGUCAGUGAGUCCCUCUGCUGAGAUAGUGGAGGGCAGUUCAGUCACUCUGACCUGUAGCAGUGAUGCUAACCCAGCAGCUAGUUACACCUGGUACAAGGAGGAUGAAGACUCACCAAAAACAUCAGGACACAACUUCACCAUCAGCAACAUCAGGCCUGAGCACAGUGGGAGUUAUUACUGUGUGGCCCACAACAACAGAGGGACUCAUAACUCCACCUUACAGCUGACUGUUGCAGCAGGAGCAGGAACAUUAGAAGCUGCUGGAGUAACUGCUGCUGUUCUCCUGCCUGUCAUAUUCUUCUCUGUCUUCCUGUGGAUUCAAAAAAAGAGGAUGUCCAAGGAACCUGUUAAAUCUGAAGACAGAGCCAACAACAGAGAACAGUGUUUACCUGAUCAGAGACAGCCAGAGGAGCAGGAUGAUCUUCAGUAUACCAGCAUCCACUUCUCCAAUAACCAGGCAGAUCCUCUCUACUCCAACAUCAGAGCAGCUCAGCCUCACAGACACAUGCUGGAACAGGAAGUUACUGAGUACACUGCUGUUAGAUUUAACAGAGGCAGUGCAGCCAAGAGAGAUAGAAGUCAGGAAACAGGAGAGUCUCCAUGUGCACUGUACUCCACAGUCAACAAAACCAGAUGAAGGGACGGGUUGAUGAUGAUGAUGUGAUAUUUAUGUAGACUCAGUGUAGUUAAGCUCAAUUGUAGUUAAGUGGUUUUUAAAAUAGGUGAAAAUUUCUUAUAUUGUUAUGUUUAGUCGAAAAAUGUUACUGUGUUUUCCUCUUUUUUUGUAUAGUUGUUGUUUUUAAAUAUCACACUUUUAAUAAUAGACCAAGAUCUGAGUGUAUACAAAAUGCAGGUUUUAAAUGAAGAAUUGUUUUUUAAGGGACAAGCAGCUAUCCAGACGUCUUGAUGCAUUCUCAAUCAUCCAGGAAAGUAAAUCUCCAAAAGUUGAAUCUGUUCAUCUGGACGUAGCGUGUGGGCUGGUUUUAGUCAUUAUGCAAAUGUACUGUUUAUAAGAUUGCGGAAACCUGCAGUCAGCUGAGACUGAAGAAGUCACUUGGAUGAGUGACGAAACGUUUCUCCCACAAAACGCUACGUCCAGAUGAACAGAUUCAACUUUUGGAGACAGCUAUCCAGACCUACCUGGAUGUAGGAAUCCAAUAAAGUCUUUUCACAACAGACAUGUCAAAGUGGAUCAGCUUCCUCACUUUGUUCAGUGAUUUCACUCAUCUAAAUCAGACCAUGGAUCACACUUUGCUAACUGUACAAGUCUCAGAUUUAAUUAUUCUGAAACUAAGUUUAAGCUUCCCAGAACUUUUUGUUGCAAGUUACAUUACUGAUAUAAUAAAGAUAAAAUGUUUGUAUUGUUCA